GCAGACAAGAUCAGGAAAAGAGAAACAAUGAAAUAUUUGUGGAUAUAGUGGAAAGGGUGACAGCUGUGGUUGAUGCUGAUGGCUCCCUGUCUAGAGCUGAGGUCAGUGGUCAAGUUAACAUGAAAAGUUUCUUAGCAGGUGCUCCAGUGAUCAAGAUGGGUUUAUCUGAAGAUCUGACAAUAACAAAGGGAAAGCAGAAAGGUUAUAACAAAGUUCAGAUGGAUGAUUGUAGCUUUCAUCCAAGUAUAGACCUCAAGGAAUUUGAUAACAAUCGAGUGCUAGGAAUCAAGCCCACAGAAGGAGAGCUUGUGGUAAUGACUUAUCACAUUGGUGGAGAAAACCUGAUAAAUUUACCAUUCAGACUUACCCAUCGCAUUGAAUUCUCAAGCACUAGGAAUCUUGAGCUACAUCUAAAGCUACGCUGCGAGCUUGCUCCGUCAGCCCACGCUGUUAACGUAGGACUAAAAAUUCAUGUGCCACGGGAGACAGGAAGAAUCACUCAACAGUUCAGUUGCCCAGGUCAGUCAGCCAUACUUAAACAAGAGGAAAAAUGCAUGCUUUGGCAAAUUAAAAGGAUUGAAGGGGGUUCAGAGGCUGCGUCAAGAUUUAUGUUAAUUUCCCAAGACAAGAAAUUGCUGAACAGUGAAGAGGUUGGCCCAGCGACACUUGACUUCGAGUUAUCCAAUCAUGUUUGCUCAGGCCUUCAAGUGCGAUUCCUUCGAGUGUUUGAACGCGAGCAUUCCUAUCUGCCUCAGAGAUGGAUUCGAUACAUCACAGUCCCAGAUAACUAUCUGUUUAAGCUCACUACAACAGAAUAACUGCAAGACUCUUUUAACUAAAAAGUUCCAGUGAACUGUCAUGUUGUACUCCAAUUGUAAAAGACUGAUGGCAAGAUAAGCUAAGCCUUGUCUUUCUUUGAUACAAAUGGUGGGAAAUGCUAGAAUUUGUAUGGUGCUUCUGACAAACUUAAGAAUUACAAUUGGAAGCUAAUUACCCAUUUUGCUUUGUAAAUUGUUAUAUGAAAAGGUAAAACACAAGAAAGAAGGCAUAAAAGAGCAGUAAAUAUGAACUUCAAUUACCUUACUACUUUUGAUUACAUUAAAAUGACAAAAAU